AUGAAUCAUUUAAUAUAUAAUUGGACAAUUAGAAAAAAUGAUACUAUAAGAUAUUGGGGGACUAAAUUAAAUAGAAAUUUUUUUUUUAAAAAAUUUAAUAGAAACGACAUUUCAAAAAUACUAGAAAAAAUAAAAUUAAAAAACGUAGUAAAAAAUGAAAAUAAAGAAUUAACACUAGAAAAUAAUAUUAGAUUAGAUAAAAGAAAUAAUUAUAAUUCUUCUACAAGUUCUAAUAAAUUCUCUGAAAGUAUAGACCAAUUAAAUAAUGAUGAUAUAAAUGCUAUUGAUUCUAUUUUACAAAAGGUAGAAAAAAAAAAUAAAAAAAAUGGAGGAUUUUUAUUAGAAUUGAUAGGGAUAACAAGUCAUAGUGAUAGUAUAAUAAAUUCCAGUAUAAUAUGUAUACAAAAUUGUGAUAAAAUAUUAAAUAACAUAUAUAAAGAAAAUAAUAUUUUUAAAAUUAUAAAUAUGAUAGAUACUGUCUCAAAUAAUUUAUGUAAAUUAGGAGAUGCAUUAGAAUUACUAAGAAAUUUACAUAAUAAUAAAAUAACAAUUGAAAAAGCCCAUAGUGCUUUGGAAAAUUUAACAAACUAUAUCGAUAGAAUUAAUAUUGAUCAAAAUAUUUAUAAUUUUCUAAAAAAAAAAUAUAACGAAAAUAUAAAAUUAUUAGAUAAUGAGCACAAAGAAGUUUUGAAAAAUAUGCUUAUAUCAAUGGAAAAUCAAGGAGUUCAUAUAAAAGAUGAAAAAAAAAAAAAAAAUUAUUUAGAAUUACAAUCCUAUGAAAAGAAUUUUUCUUUUCAUGCUUCAUCAAAUUUUUGCAGUGAAUAUGACGGAAUAUAUUUAGAUAAAAGGAAACUUUUAAAACAUAUUGAUGAAAAUAUAAUCAAAGAUUAUGAACAAAAAAUAAUACCUUUAAUUAAGAAUAAUAAAAUUAAAAUAAACCCAAAAUAUUCCUUGAAUGAUUAUAUAUACCUAAUACAAGAUAGUUCAUUCGUAAUGACAAUAUUGGAAAGAGUUGAUGAUGAAAAUAUAGCAAAUAGUGUGUAUAACUUACUAAAAAAGCCUAAUAAUAUGUUUUUAAAUAAUAUAUUAAUUCUUCAUUAUUAUAGAAAUAUGUUAAUAAGUUACAGAGGUUUUAAAAAUUAUAGUGAAUAUUCAUUGAAGUCAUGUAUAUUAAAUACCCCUACCAAAGUAAAUUAUUUCUUAAAAAAUUUCUUAGAAAAUAUUCUUCCUUACUUUUUCAAAGAACUAGAAUUUAUAGAAAAAUUUAUAUCUAUAUCAAAUAAUAAAUUAAAACAAAGCAAUCAAAAUGAUUCUAUUAAAAGUACAGAUAAUAACAAAAACAUUAAUUUCAAAGAUAAUACAAUCGAUAGAACAAAAAAUAACAGCAAUAAUGUAGCUAAAUUAUGUCCUUCAAAUAUAUUUUAUUAUAUGAAUAAAAUAAAAGAAGUGAAACUUAAAAAAAUAGAAGAACAAAUGAAUAAUAAUUUGAAUUUGUAUGACGUAAUUAAAUUUGUAAUUAAACUUUUAAAAGAUACUUAUUCAUUAGAAAUGGUUAAUGUUAUACCUCUAAAAAAUGAAUUAUGGGAUGAAAACAUAUUAAAAUUUGAAAUAAAAAAAGAAAAUUAUAUUUAUGGGUAUAUUUAUAUGGAUCUAUUUGAAAGAGAAAAUAAAAAUCAUUCAAUUGCACAAUACACUGUACGUUGUUCGAAAAAUAUGAAUAUUUGUUUAAAAUAUAAAUGGUUAGAAGAAAAUGUUGAUGAAUACCCUUUUUUUUAUAGUGGGAUUGUUAAAAAUAAAGACAGUAAUAACAUAAUUAAUAAUUAUAAUGAUAAUAGUGUGAGAAAUAAUACUAACAUAAAUAUUCACAACAUUUAUAGGCAAAUAACUUCUACUUUUUUGGUUUGUAAUUUUAACAUAAAUUUAAAAGAUGAAGAAGAUAAUACUGUUGAUAUAAAUAAUUGUAAUGAUGAAUUUUUUAGAAAUAACAAAGUAAAAUAUUUUUUAAGUAAAAUAAAAAUGUCUAUUGAUAAAGUUAAUAUGUUUCUUCAUGAAUUUGGUCAUACUUUGCAUUGCAUUUUAAGUUCAACUUAUUUACAGCAUUUAUCAGGAAAUAGAAGUGGUGUGGAUUUUUCAGAAUUUUCCUCUCAUUUUUUUGAAGAAUAUUUAAAUAAUUAUGAUAGUUUGUUAUUACUAUAUAGUAAAAAUAAAAAUGAAGAAAACAUGAAAUUUUUACUUAAAAGUUAUAUGAGAAAUAAAAAUAUUAUAUGUUAUUAUUCUUUAGUUCAAAUUACUAUUCAAUCAAUAAUUGAUCAAAUAUUUUAUUCUUUCUCUCAUUGUACUGAUUCAAUUAUAGAAAGAAAACAAUUAAUAGAAAACGAAAUAAAAAAAUAUUUUUCCAAUAUUUAUUACAAAGAUAUUUUUAUUCUAGAUUUAUUUCCUCAAAUACAUUUUUCGAAAACAUCUCAUCUAAUCCAUUACCCAUCUAAUUAUUACUCUUAUUUAUACUGCUCAGUUUUAUCGAAAUAUAUAUGGAAUAGAAUAUUCAAUAAUAAUUUUUACAAUAAAGAUAAAGCAAAUAAAAUUAUACAGUUCUUGCAAGGGGGUUCAGUUGACUCAACUUUAAAAAACAUUGUUUCAUUGGUUGAAGAUGAUAAAGCUAAAAUUGAUUAUUUUACACAAAACCCUCAUAUGAUACCAUUAGAUGAUUUUUUAUCCUAUUAUGAAGAUAAUAAAGAUAAAUAUAACUCAUUUCUUGAAAAUUUAUAG